AUGGAAUAUAGUGAGGAGUUUCUCCAAUCAGUGCCACUGAAUUUACGCACUUCAGUUAGAUGCUUUGCUGGGGCACUCAAAGUGUCUCCUUCAGCAAUUUAUAGACUGCUCAAGAAGGGGAAGCUCAGAAGCCAUACAAGUAGCAACCAUCCAAGUUUGACAGAGACUCACAAAUUGGAGAGGAUGAAGUGGGUUCUAUCCCACAUUCUACCUGGCACACCCACUGUACAAGCAGAGUUUAUACACAUGGAGAACAUCAUACACAUUGAUGAGAAAUGGUUCUAUUUGAACCCAGAUACAAGGAGAUUUUAUUUAUUGCCAAGAGAAGAUGAUCCAUAUAGAUGUUGCCAAUCAAAGAGAUUCAAAAUUAAAGCUAUGUUUAUGGGGGUAGUAUCAAAACCAAUGUAUGAUGCUCAAGGUAAUCUCAUUCAUGAUGGCAAGUUUGGCAUCUUUCCUUUUGUAGAGAGGGUGGCAGCAAAAUACACUACCAAAAACAGAGAUAAGGGCACUAUUGAAACAAAGGCUGUUGAGAGGAUCACUCAGAAGGUCAUCAGAGACAUGAUUAUACAGAAUGUACUGCCAUCUAUAAUGAGUAAGUGGCCUGCUGGUAUGUCCAAGGAUAUAUGCAUCCAACAGGACAAUGCUAGGCCUCACAUACAAGGAAAUGAUGAGGCAUUCAAGGCAGCAGCAACUCAAAAUGGGUUCAACAUCAUGCUCAUUCAACAGCCACCUCAGUCCCCAGAUUUAAAUGUUCUUGAUUUGGGUUUUUUUAGAGCCAUACAAGCUUUAAUGUAUCAAACAUUUCCUAAGAACAUAGAUGAGCUCAUAACAAAUGUGCAAGAUGCAUAUGACAGAUUUGAUCCUAGUGUUAUGAAAUACACAUGGUUACAAUUACAGUGGAUUAUGGUUGAGAUUCUACAGGUUAGAGGAGGUAAUAAUUACAAGAACCCUCAUCAUGGGAAGGCAAGAUUAGAAAGGUUGGGUCUUCUCCCAAAAAUGUCAAAUGUGAUCAAGUUAUUGUGGAUGAAGCUGUGCACUAUUUGA